ACAGGCUGUGAGGAAGAGGCGGAGGCUGCAGCAGCCACAGGAGAAGGAGGCAGCACCAUGACCUCAGAGGCACCGGCUGGAUCGUGUCUUCUUUGGGGCGGGUUGGAAAGAGCUGUCGGGAGGCCCCCUCAGGGUCUGGUGACCUUUGAGGAGGUGGCCGUGCAUUUCACGGAGGAGGAGUGGGCCCUGCUGGAUUCCGGCCAAAGAGCUCUGCACAGGGAAGUCACGGAGGAGAUUUGUGACAUGAUGGCCUCUCUUGAGCCAGACCUCCGUUCCUGUUGGGAAGGAGAAGAUCUGCUGAUCCAGGAUCCCAAAGAAGAGGCGACAUCAGCAGCAGAUGACAGGCAGAAGAAUGAGAAUUAUAAGGAACCAGAGAUGUUGUCAUUGGUAGUAGCCAAGCGUGAAGGACCAGAAGAAGUGUUUGGAAAUCACGGGGGACCAAAAAAGUCAGAAAGAAACCAGUCAAAGAAAGGAGGGAAGAAAUCCUCUACUUCUCAGAUUUUGUAUGAAAGAACCCACACAGGGGAGAAACCAUUUAAAUGCAUGGAGUGUAGAAAGAACUUUAGUCAGAGCAGUCAUCUUACUUUACAUCAGAGAACCCACACAGGGAAGAAACCUUUUAAAUGCAUGGAGUGUGGGAAGAGCUUUAGUUGGAGGACUGGCCUCACUUUACAUAAAAGAACACACACAGGGGAGAAACCAUUUAAAUGCAUGGAGUGUGGAAAGAGCUUUAGUCAGAAGAGUAGCCUCACUUUACAUAAAAGAACCCACACAGGGGAGAAACCAUUUAAAUGCAUGGAAUGUGGAAAAAACUUUAGUAGGAGGACUAGCCUCACUUUACAUAAAAGAACCCACACAGGGGAGAAACCAUUUAAAUGCAUGGAGUGUGGAAAGAGCUUCAGUGGUAAUGGAGCCCUUACUAAACAUAAACAUACACACACAGGGGAAAAACCAUUUAAAUGCAUGGAGUGUGGAAAGAGCUUCAUUCAGAGGAAUCAUCUUACUUUACAUCACACAACACACACAGGGGAGAAACUAUUUAAAUGCAUGGAGUGUGGAAAGAGCUUUAGUCAGAAGAGUAGCCUCACUUUACAUAAAAGAACCCACACAGGGGAGAAACCAUUUAAAUGCAUGGAGUGUGGAAAGAGCUUUAGUCAGAGUGGUGACCUUACUUUACAUCAGAGAACCCACACAGGGGAGAAACCAUUUAAAUGCAUGGAGUGUGGAAAGAGCUUCAGUGAUAAUUCAGCCCUCACUAAACAUAAGCAUACACACACAGGGGCAAAACCAUAUAAAUGCAUGGAGUGUGGAAAGAGCUUUCGUCAGAGAAGUCAUCUUACUUUACAUCAGAGAACCCACACAGGGGAGAAACCUUUUAAAUGUAUGGAGUGUGGAAAGAGCUUCAGAGAUAAGAGAAACCUUACUAAACAUAAACAAAUGCACACCGGAGAAACCAUUUAAACGCAUGGACUGUGGAAUGUGCUUCAGUGUUAGCAUUAACCUUAUUUUACACUAUAGGAUCCACUUAGGAGAAACCAUUUAAAUGAAUGGAGUGUGGAAAGAGCUUCAGAGAUAACAGAAACCUUACUAAACAUAAACACACACCGGAGAGAAACCUUUUAAAUGCAUGGAGUGUGGCAAGAGCUUCACUCAGAGCCAUAAUCUUACAUCCUAUCAAAGAACACCCAUGCGGAGAAAUCAUUUAAGUGCAUAGAGUCUGGAAAGAGCUUCAGUGUGAGCCUUAUUCUUCUUUAAACUAGAGUUCUUUUAGAGUUUAGGUGGGCCGAUAUUCUAUUUAGCAAUGUCAAGUUUGUAGUUAAUUAUCUUGUGGGCUAUAAAAAUGAAAUGCCUAUACUGCUUGGAACCAGAAUAAACUGUUGAUAA